AUGGAAAACACUCACGAUUCUCAUCCGUCUAUCGACCACCUUAUCUUGUUGGUCUUCGAGGCCGUGUUGGAAGUCGUUUGCGUGAGCUUGCCUGGAUAUAUCAUCGCGAGGUUAGGACAUUUCGACGCCGACAAGCAGAAAUUCCUCGCGAAUCUUAAUGUCAUGUUAUUUACCCCAUGCCUAAUUUUCACCAAACUAGCAUCGCAGCUCAAUGCCGAUAAACUUAUCGACCUCGCAGUCAUACCCUUCAUUUUUAUCGUCCAAACCUGUGUAUCUUACGUGGUAUCCAUAUGUGUGUCGAAAGCAUUCCGCUUUAGCAAGCGCCCAGCGAAUUUUGUUACGGCUAUGGGUGUAUUUGGAAACUCGAACUCGUUACCAAUUUCUCUCGUCAUUUCGCUUUCGCAAACUCUGAAGGGGCUCCACUGGGACAGGAUACCAGGCGACAACGACGACGAAGUAGCCGCACGCGGUAUCUUAUAUUUGUUAAUAUUUCAGCAGCUCGGGCAAUUAGUCAGAUGGAGCUGGGGAUAUCACGUUUUAUUGGCGCCUAAGAGUAAAUACCCGGAAUAUCAGGAUGAGACUAUAGAAGAGGGUAGAUAUAGAGAUGAUGUGCCUCGAGACGAAGUUCUGAUUCCGGGUCUUGACGGAAACUUUACCGAGACUGAUGACCAUAAUGAUUCCGACGGUUCGGACGAGUCGGACGUAUACGAACCGGCCGGUCCGACUCCAGUUGCUGGAACAUCUAUAGCAUCGCCCUCCGAUUCAGAUGACGAGGCCGGCGCACCGAGAAAACGGUCAACAAGAAAGCAUGGUAGCGGUAGUCGUUCUCCUGACGACCACUCUGGAACGUCGUCUCCUCGCAUACAGGACCUGAGCGAUCCGAAUAUUCCUAGCGGCCUCAAAGGAUAUUACGUGGGCCCCUGUCUUAGGAUCAAGAAUGCUAUGGUAUCUAUCAAGCAACGCAUCGCUCAGCUUUCUACCCGCGCAUACAAAGCGUUACCUCUUCCGAUCCAAAGUGUCCUGGCCACGAUAUGGGGAUGGUGGCUCCGAGUAUAUAACUUUCUCUGGGACUUCAUGAACCCGCCACUAUGGGCUAUGCUCAUCGCCAUCGUUGUAGCUUCUGUACCUGAUCUACAGCGGCUUUUCUUCCAAGAAGGCACAUUUGUCAACAACAGCGUAACAAGAGCAGUAUCCCAAAGUGGUAGUGUCGCGGUGCCCCUUAUUCUGGUUGUCCUGGGUGCCAACUUAGCGCGAAACACGCAAGCACAAGAGACUAGUGAUCCUGAAGAGCAACGGAUCGGGAAACGCCUCCUUAUAGCUUCGCUGAUCAGCCGCAUGCUACUACCUACCAUCAUCAUGGCGCCUAUUCUGGCCGUUGUUGCCAAAUAUAUACCCGUUAGCAUACUUGACGACCCGAUUUUUAUUAUCGUCUGUUUUCUUCUCACGGGUGCUCCGAGCGCUCUGCAGCUUGCGCAGAUCUGUCAGAUCAACGAAGUAUACGAAGGGGUCAUGUCAAAGAUCCUGUUCCAGAGUUACGUUAUCUGGAUCCUCCCUUCAACGUUAGCGCUUGUCAUGAUGGCACUGGAAACGGUAGAGUGGGCACGAUAG